AUGAAUCGCGUGCGGUUAAGGCGGGCUGCUCUGUCGUCGUCGCCGCUGCGCACCCACAGAACAGCAGCUUGGAGCGCCGUGACGCUCCUCGCCUUGGCCCUCGUCGCGCUACUGUUUCCCCCCACGACUCUCGCCCAGGAUGACUCCGCGCUCUACUUGGUGCAGCUGCGAUCCGCGCCAUCCGUCUCGGAGUACACGGGCGGCAUCGCGGGGUAUCCCGCCACUGCGGCCGUCGCGCGCUUCUUCAAUGCCGCGGGGCGCCUCUUCCGCCGUCGUCCGCGGAUAAACUUCCGGGGAAACGCUGUUCGCGCGUUCAAGGACUUCCUGAAGCGGCAGCAGGAGCAGGUGGCGCGGGACGUCAACCUCGCGGCCAACAAGCUGCUCUACAGCUACACGCACGUGUCGAACGGCUUCGCGGCGACGCUGACGGCGCAGCAGGCGCACCAGCUGGAGCGCCACCCGGACGUGCUCAGCGUCACGCGCAGCCGCGUCGUGCGCCGCCUCACGACCGCGUCGCCCGCGUUCCUGCAGCUGCCGCCGUCGCUGUGGGCCGCGGCGGGCGGGCAGAGCAGCGCGGGGGAGGGCGUGGUGGUGGGCAUCAUAGACACCGGCAUCUGGCCCGAACACAAGUCCUUCGCUAACGACUCCGCGCACGUGUACGGCAAGGCGCCCUCGCAGUGGACGGGCACGUGCACGGUGACGAGCGACUUCCCCGCGACGACGUGCAACGGCAAGAUCGUGGGCGCGCGCGCGUUCUACUCGGGGUUCAAGCGCGAGAACCGCAACCGCCUCGACUCCUCCCACAACUACGUGUCACCCCGCGACGACGACGGCCACGGCACGUGGUGUGCGGGCGCGGCAGCGGGCAACGGCGGGCUAGUACUGGGCAACAACCUGGGCACGGCGAGCGGCAUGGCGCCGCGUGCGCGCAUAGCAGCGUACAAGGUGUUUUGGAACGACGGGCAGUACGUGUGGGCGACGGACGCGGACAUUGCAGCGGCCAUCAACCAGGCCGUGGCGGACGGAGUGGACGUGCUCUCCCUGUCGCUGGGCGCCGAGGACCCCACCGCCACCUACUUCAACGACCUGCCCUACCUCAACGCCCUCGCCGCGGGUGUGGUGGUGGCGUUUGCAGCGGGCAACGCGGGGGCGCCGUGGCAGUCGGGGGGCAAGUACCGCACGGUGGACAACUUUGCCCCGUGGUACAUCACCGUCGGCGCCAGCUCCAUCAGCCGUGGAUACGCCAUGACAGCCAAAUCCGUGAGCGCGUCGUCCCGCCCGCCCACUUCCACGUCCUCAUCUGCUGCCUCGGAGUCAGCCGCCAAGGAGUCCGCCUCCUCCUCCCAGCGCACCACCGCCACUGAAAACUCUGCACCUGCCGCUGCCACUGCCAAUACCAGCAACAGCAGCAGCAGCAGCAGCAGCAGCAGCAGCAAGGGUAGUGCGGGAGUGGCGACGGUGAAAGAGAGCAUGGAGUCGGUGCGAGCCUUCAUGUCCGGCUCAAUCACUUCGGCCGCUACUCGGUCCACGCCCGAGGCCCCCCUGAUCGCGUCCUUCUCCUCCCGCGGCCCCCUCAUGCAACCCACUGCCAACCCCGCCGCCCCCAAGCCUACCAACGACAUCCUCAAGCCCGACAUAAUUGCGCCGGGUGUGGAGCUGUGGAGUGCAGGCCCGGGGCAGUACUUGGGCGACCCCAACAGCUACUUCUCCGCGCUCUCCGGCACCUCCAUGGCCACACCACACGUGGCGGGCAUUGCAGCACUGCUCGUGCAGCGCUACCCCACGUGGACGCCUGCCAUGGUCAUGUCAGCCAUCAUGACGUCAGCAGCAACAAGCAACAACAAGGGGUUCGGCAUUCGGGAUUCGUCGAGCGACUUUGCAACGCCGUGGGACAUGGGCGCAGGGCACGUGAACCCGAUGGGGCUGCUGGAUGUAGGGCUGGUGUACGACGCCGAUGCACUCGACUUCAAGAACUUCCUUGCCGGGCAGAACCUGGCCAAGGCCAAGGCAGCGUUCAAGAGCAUGCCAGUGAAGGCCAUGAAGGCGUACAACCUCAACCGCGCCUCCAUCUCCGUGACGCGGUUUGUGGGGACCGUGGUGGUGAUGCGCGAGGUGACGAGCGUGGGCAACGCUACGAGCACGUACAAGGCGGACAUUGUGGUGCCGGAUGGGGUGCUGCUCACCGUGAAGCCCGCCAGCUUCAGCAUCGCGCCCAAUGAGACGGUGCCGUUCAAUGUGACCAUUGUGGCCAACCGCACGGGCAGCACGGCGUUCUCGUACGGCAGCCUCACGUGGCGCGACCAAUGGGGGCAUGCCGUGCGCUCCGUCAUCGUGGUGCAGCCUCUCAAGCUCAAGUGA